CUCUCUCUCUCUCUCUCUCUCCUCGAAGCUCUCUUCGCCUCUGCCCUGUCCAAGCUUGUCCCGGACAAUAUCGUUGGAGUUCCGUAUGUGGCAGAACUAAGAAACCAAACGGCAGUCACUAUUGGAAAUAUCUCGCAUGAAUAAUGCUGAUGGCUGCCUCGUUCUGUUAUGUCAACCUGGGCUCUGGUCUUUGCAAACUCCAUGACUUCCUCUCGAACCAGAAUCGGAAGAUAAGGUUUCAUGCGUGUGCCCAAAAUCUAAGUUCCCAUUGUAACCAGCAUAACUAUCUCAAAAGACUAGACACGAAGAAUGUGGAAGUCAAGCGAAGAUUUAAGCUUCACCAAGCUUCGUUUGUGAAGAAUGCUCAUAGUUCUGAAUUGGCAAAAGAAGAUGAUGUUUCCAUGGCAACAUUGAUAUGGAGGGCAAUCAAAUUGCCAAUUUACUCUGUUGCUCUUGUUCCUCUUACGAUUGGUAGUGCAUCCUCCUAUCUGCAGUCUAGCACUUUCCCUGCAACACGUUACUUGGUGCUCUUGGUUUCCUCAUUUUUUGUGAUCACUUGGCUAAAUUUAAGCAAUGAUGUUUAUGAUUUCGAUACAGGAGCAGAUAAAAAUAAGAGGGAAUCAGUUGUGAACCUGAUCGGAAGCCGAACAGGAACUCUUGCUGCAGCCUAUUUGUUUCUUGCUCUUGGCUUGAUGGGUCUGACAUGGGUAUCACUAGAGGCAGGACACUUACGUGCGAUGCUGUUACUGGCUUGUGCUAUCAUGUGUGGUUAUAUAUAUCAGUGUCCACCGUUUCGAUUAAGCUACCAUGGACUUGGAGAGCCGUUGUGCUUUGCUGCAUUUGGACCUUUUGCUACCACGGCUUUUUACUGGUUAAUGGGCAACAACAGAGGCGUGAGCUAUCUUCCCUUAACUGGAACUGUUCUGUGCGCGUCUCUCCUUGUUGGCUUCACAACCUCUUUAAUCCUCUUCUGCAGUCACUUUCAUCAGGUGGAAGAAGACACUAAAGUCGGGAAAAUAUCCCCUCUGGUUAGGCUAGGAACAGAGAAAGGUUCAUCAGUUGUGAAAGUGGCAGUCACAGCACUUUACGCUCUUCUAUUAGCUUUCGGUCUCAGCAGAGAUCUUCCUUUUACUUGCAUCAUAUCGUGCCUUCUGACCUUACCUAUGGGAAACCGGGUAGUUAGCUUUGUCGAAGAGAACCACGAGGACAAGCGGUCCAUAUUCAUGGCAAAGUACUAUUGCGUGAGGUUGCAUGCUUUAUUUGGAGCUUCAUUAGCUGCUGGAUUGGUGAUAGCCAAAUUUGUCUGCAAGAGAUAUGUUCCGAGGUUGAUCUUAUCCUGAGUUUUUGGCCUCGAUUCAUGCAUCGAAGACUCGAUGGGAUCGCAGCUUCCAUUCGGAAAGUCACGGAGGACUUGGUCGGAUUAUGACGAUGUGUCAACGGUGCCAAGAACCAGCUACAAUUUUGCAAUCUGUCGGUAGUUGUACAGAUGUAGGAGCUUGUCUUACUCUGCAUGAUGAGGUCAUUUGAAUGAGCAAGACUUUGGUACUUACUCUAUCUAUAGUCCUACACCAAUUACGAAUGAGAAGCUCAUUUAUUCCAAACUAUUAGUAUUAGAGACAGGUCGUCGCACGGAAAAAUCAUUAUUGUUUUUUUUAAAUUUUAUUUUAGAGAUA